AUGUCGCCAGGACAACCAGGACGCCACGACGACCGCAAGGGUUCUACUAGCUCCUCCACUGGUCGACUCGACUCGCCCUUCACCGACACCAACAACUCCUCUACAACACAAAGCCCCAUGACCGAACAACAUCGUCGCCCCUCCGGCAGCUCUGGCUACUUUUCACAAUCCCACUACAACACCAACAACAAUGCCAACGGUAGUACUAGUAGUACCCACAGUCCUUAUGUGCCACGAUCGCCCUUCAACAAUAACAGCAAUAGUGAAGAACGAGAGCGACCUAGGCCCAUCAAUGGUCGGAGCUAUCACCUCGACACACCACAACCAUCUUCAACAUCCUACUCGUCCCGUCGUGGCAAGGGCAGCAAGGACGGGUCAGAGUCGUCGUCCUCAGGCAACAACGGCCUCUUGGCCUUCUUCCGCACCUCCUCCUCUUCCUCAAGACCCCCCUCGCCAGACCUCCUCGACACCUUCUACAGUAACAGCCACACCAGAAAGACCUCCUUCUCCAGCAAUACCAAUAGCAACAGCAAUAUCGGCAACAGUAGCCAUGGCAUUGGCCACCGGAACGUCGUCCUCUCCAGCUCUGCCGGUUCCCUCUUCUCCAACAGCAGUAGCGUGCUAAACAGCAACAAUACCACAAACAGCAGCAACAAUUAUAACUACAGCAAUGGCAAUGGGUCGUACAAUGGCGGCGGCAGUCUAACCAAUAUCCACCAGCAGCAGCAACAGCAGCAGCAUAAUAACCACAACAGUCUGAGCCAUCCUUUUGACGCGGAUGCAGACAGGAGGCGCUCCAUCGAAUCUUAUUCUCGAUCCCCUUCCCCUGACCAACUCCAACAACAGCAACAACUCUACCUCCAGCAACAUCACCUCCAGCAGAGCAGCAGUGGAGGCAACAACAGGCGGCAACUCUUCCCCGCGACUCCUCCUGCCCCUCACAUUCGACCCCAUCAGCGCACAGAUUCCAUCAAGAACGCCAUGGAGGCCCAACAUCGCAGGACAAAGUCGACCGACUCUGGAGAGAUUUACGGAAAGAGACAAGGGCAGGACCAAGACCAACCCAACCACGCCGUCAGCCCUGCCAAGGAGACCAAAAAGAUCCUCUUUGGUCUCUUCAAAAAGAAGGCCCUUCUCCACCACGGCUCCUCCUCUUCGUCUUCGUCGUCCUCACAACAGCAGCAGCAGCAGCAGCAACAGCAACAACAACAACAACAACAACACCUGCUCCUUCAGCAACAGCAGCAACAGAUGUUUCCCCACAACCAGUAUCAAACCCAUGGUGGUAGGUCGCGCAAGUACUCUGCCGACGACCAGUAUUUGACCUCGCCGCCAGCUGCCUCGACCCUUACUGCAUUCUCGAUGGCUCUCUUCCCCGACAUUGACUCUCCUUCGAACUACUAUGACCGGAGACACGGUAGCGACACUGCAGAAACACAGCGAGCAUUGCAGUAUAUGACUGGAGGAAAGAAAGGAUCACGAGGAGUAAUCGACUUGAACGACAUGUCGGGAAUCAAGCAGGACCCAAAACACAACAAUUGGCUCCCGUUGACACCAGCAGCAGGGGCAGAGGCAUGGCAUGCUCCAGAGAGUUGGGGCGUCCUGCCACCUUCGUCGACUGUAUCAGGAGCACAGCUCUCACUCGCCCUCUCACCAGAAGACCUCACGUCGGAGGAGAUGGAUCCAACCGACUUUGAAAACUGGGAGUAUGGCAAGAAAAAGCCCUCGACUAUCCGCAUUUUCCGACCCGAUACCACUUAUACCACCGUCAACUGUGUCUUCAGCAUCACCGCCAGCGAGUUGAGUGCAAUCCUGUGCAAGAAAAUCUUCAAACCUGAUACCUCAAAGUACCAUCUCUAUGUCCUACGCAAUGGCAUCGUUCGUCCGCUCAGUUCGCAGGAGAGGCCACUCAACAUUUUGCGAAGAUUAAUGUUGCAAUUUGGAUACACCGACCAGGACAAGCUUGAGGAGCUGUCAGGAAAGGACAACAGCUUUAUCUGCCGCAUCACUUUUGCCGAGAAUGCUGCUCCAUUGACCACGGAGGCUGACCUUCCCGAAAACACCAACUACGCCGACGUCAACUUGGAGAGGCGAUGUCUCCCGACUAUCCCGAUUUUCCUUUACUCGAGAGCCAAAAAUAUCGUCCGCCUCAACAUCUCGUACAACCAACGCAUGGACCUGCCGCUCGACUUUGUUCAGAACUGCAGCGUGAUGAGGGAGCUCCGGAUGGCUUACAACGACUUGGACCGAGUUCCCAGCAAUGUUCGCUCCAUCGUCUACCUUCAAGUCCUGGAUCUUCGCGGGAACAGGAUCAAGGAUCUCAGCAAGGCCAGGCUGGAGGAUGCGCGGGAGCUGGUUACUCUCUUCCUGCAGAGCAACCGUCUCGAGACCAUCCCAGAUUCGUUCGAGUCCUUUGAGCACCUCCGCAUCCUGAACCUCUCUAGCAACAACAUGUCCAAGCUCCCUCUUGUCCUCUUCCGUAUCCUUUCGCUCGAGGAGCUGGACCUGAGUUUCAACGAGAUUUCAGAGAUUCCCGAAGAGAUUGGUCAGCUUGUCAGGUUACGGAAACUUUUGCUCUUUGGAAACAGGAUUGGACCCUACCUACCCAAGUCCAUGUCGUCACUUGCUCGCCUCAAGAAACUGGACAUUCGACAGAACGGAAUCUUGAAUCUGGAUGCCGUCAACGACUUGCGAUCUCUGGAGGAAAUCCUUGUCGACUUUAACACCAAUGUCACCUUCAACAACUCUUUCCGCUCACUCGCGAGGGCGUCGUUCCUGAAAUGCAACAUGACUGACAUCAGCGUGAGAGGAACAUCCGAGACAUUGACCUACCUGGACGUCUCCUCCAACAAGCUGUCAAGCUUGUCUCCAGCACUAUUUGAGCAACUCAAGGCCCUGGAAACCCUGAAACUGGACCACAACAGCAUCAGCUCCAUCCCUGCCACCAUCAGUCUCCUGAAGCGUCUCAGAUCCCUCACCGUAUCCAACAACAUUCUUUCUAGUCUGCCAGAGUCCAUUGGUCAAAUGGAGUCGUUGAUCGAGCUGGAUGUCCACUGCAACAACUUGGGCGAACUGCCGGUUGCCAUUUGGAGGUGCUCUCUCAUUGCGUUGAACGCCUCAUCCAACCUUCUGGAGAACUUCCCCGAUCCACCCAAGAUGCUCACCCCACCUGUCCUGAACGCCCUCUCGGCAUCAUCGUCAACAGCAACUCUCUGCGAUCCCGAGAACCCGCAGAACAUGAUCAACUCUGUAAACUCCCCUACGCCUUCACGAUCCAAGCCGUUGCCUGCGCCACCCGUGUCUCUUCAGAACACCCCCACCGGUCGCGGGCCUUAUGCUCCACCAUUGGCGCACUCGUUGCUCACUCUCUGCCUCGGUGACAACCGCCUGCCAGAUGAGGUCAUGUUCCCUCUGUCUCACUUCUUGAGCAUCCAGGUUUUGAACAUCAGUCACAAUUAUAUCACAGAGAUCCCUCGCGGCAAGAUCCCCAACAUGGGUCAGAUCGUGGAAUUCUAUGUGAGCGGCAACCAGCUGACCAGCUUGCCAGCAGAGGAUAUCGAGCGACUCAAGAACCUUCGUGUGCUUCAUGUCAACGGCAACAAACUGACGACACUUCCUGCUGAGCUGGGCAAGAUCAACCGCCUGAGCGUCCUGGAUGUCGGCUGCAACCUGCUGAAGUACAAUAUCGCCAACUGGCCAUAUGACUGGAACUGGAACUGGAAUCUCGAACUCAAGUACCUCAACAUGUCGGGCAACAAACGACUGCAGAUCAAACGACAAAACGUCGAAGGCGGCCCUACUUCAAGCUCGCGUCCAGGCAACCUCUCGGAAUUCGGCGCCCUGACUCGACUUCGUAUUCUGGGUCUCAUGGAUGUGACGAUUACGGACAACGUGCCGGAAAACUCUGUGGAUCGACGUGUCAGAACAUCCAUGUCGACGCUGCACAACAUGUCGUACGGUAUGGCUGAUACGUUGGGAGACAGCGACAACCUCUGCAUCUGGGAUCUCGUUCAUCCAAAGUUCCAGACCAAGGAGGACGAGAGCUUGUUCGGACUCUUUGACGGUAGAAGCGACCGGUACAGGACCACCUGUACAAUGACCAGUCACCUCAACGAUCGUUUCGGCACCUGUCUCAAGAUUGAGUUGGAGAACUUGAAGGGCACCGACACUGUUGUGAGCGCACUUCGCAGGACUUUCCUCGGCCUGGAUCGGGAUAUGUGGCAUUUAACCCAGGAUGACAGUGGCAAGGGAGGAGUGUCUGCAUUGGUCGCCUACAUCAAUGGAACGACAUUGUACUCGGCUAACGUUGGAGAUGCGAUUGCAGUCUUGGUCAAGAAGUCAGAUACUUACACCGUGAUCUCCCAGAAGCACAUUCCAUGGAACCCUACGGAAGCAUCGAGGAUCAAGCGGUCUGGUGGCUUUGUGAGUGAGAAUGGUCUGCUGAACGACGAGCUGGACAUCUCUCGCUCCUUUGGCCAGUACCACUUAGUGCCGAUCGUGAACUCAAACCCCUACAUCGAGACAACGAUUCUUACCGAGGAUGACGACUUUUUGAUUAUGGCGUCGAAUGCCUUCUGGGACGUGAUGUCGUACACGACAGCAGUGGACAUCGCCAAGGCGGCCAAGCGGGACUAUGGCGAUCUGAUGUACGCAUCUCAGAAGCUGAGAGAUAUUGCCAUCUCGUAUGGUGCUCGUGACCAUAUGGUUGUCAUGUUGAUUGGCGUCGGCGACUUGUUCAACAAGAAGGAGUUAUCUGAGGCGUCGGAGUACCAGCAACCAAACUACAAGCGGCCCAAAGCACCAGAGGGUCCAACUGAUACUCUCAAGUACCUGAAACCAGAGAUUGAGCCGCCUCAGGGAGAUGUGGCGAUGGUUUUCACGGAUAUAAAGAAUUCGACUAAGCUGUGGGAGAAGAUUCCGAUUGCGAUGGCGAUCGCAAUCAAGGAGCACUUCAACGUGAUGAGACGACAGCUUCGCUCGAUUGGAGGAUAUGAGGUCAAGAACGAAGGAGACGCGUUGAUGGCAUCGUUCUCGAGCGUGCCGGCGGCAAUGUUGUGGUGCUUCAAGGUGCAGGAACUCUUGGUGAAUGCCGAUUGGCCUCAGGAGAUUCUGGACUCUGACGAGUGUCGGCCUAUUUUCAACGCUUCGGACCCCAUCCAGCCAAUGUAUCGUGGUCUUUCUGUCCGCAUGGGUAUCCAUUGGGGUCGCCCUGUAAGCGACCGUGAUGCAGUGACACGCCGCAUGGAUUACUAUGGUCCUAUGGUCAACCGUGCGUCGCGUAUUUGCGACUCUGCCGAUGGAGGAGAGAUUUGUAUCAGCAGUGAUGUUAUCAAUGUGAUCCAGCAUCUGCUUGUCGACCCAGAGUUGGAGCAGUCGGACUCGCCCAAUGCAGAGCAUGUGCGCGAGCUGAAGAAGAUGGGCUUCCGUGUGAUUGAGCUUGGAGAGCGCAAGUUGAAGGGACUAGAGACGCUCGAGAACCUGCAUCUGAUUUACUCUGGCCUCUUGAUCGGCCGUCUCACUAUGGACCCUAUCAAGAGCAUGGCGGGUCCCAUCCUCGAAACUCACAUGGUGGAGAGCACGGUGGUGCUGGAUGCGGCCUCUGUGCGGGCGUUGCAAAUCAUUUGUCUUCGAUUGGAGCGUCUUGCAGCGGGGACGACGGCUCAGCAUGGUCGUGCGACGGAGCAGAGCCUUGUCCUUCUCUCGCUCCCCAUCAAAGACAACGUCGACCAGAAUGACCUUAACCUGAUCGCUGAGAGCUAUGUCACCCGUAUCGAGAAUGCGUUCUCACAGCUGUAUAUGGCCAAGACAGGUCACUUUGUGAAUGUGUUCGAGUCGCUUGGAAGGGCGAUUGACACGGAUCCGUCGUAUAUCCUGCGUGCGCUGCAGAUGUAUGUCAGCAUCAUGGGCGGUCUUGACGUCCCUAAUCUCUUGUAG